UUCAAAGAUGCGAGUGCAUCGAAUCGGACCCAACCGAAGCGUUCCGGAAUUGCUAUGCAUUCAUUGUUUCGGAAACCGGAUUGAAUCGUCUUUUGUGGAGAUAUGCAUGUCCCCUAAUUUAAGUUCAUGGCGUGUGACGAUAUGGCCUUCUAGGGGGCAAUAGUGUGCCUUUUGCUCCAGCACAAUGAGGGAGGAAGAAGAAGCGUUUUAUUGCACACAGUUCGUCUCGGCGCUAGCGAUGGGUCGCAGCGGGGAGCUGAGUGACUUCCAGCGGGGCACCGUGGUAGGAUGCCACAUGUGCAAAAAGUCCCUGCGGGAGAUCGCCACCUUGCUCAACCUUCCGCGCUCCACCGUCAACAACGUCAUUGUGCAAUGGAAGCGAGAGGGCCGGACGUGCCCGUUGCCUCGCUGCGGCCGGCCGCACAAGCUCAAGGAGGAGCACCGGCAGGUUCUGGAGCGGAUGGUCCAAGAACAGACUUUCCCGUCCCUUCAGGCGCUCGCCGCGGAGUUCCGGCGGGCCUCCGGGGCCAACGUCAGUGCGGCCACCGUCAGCAGGGAGCUCCGGGAGAUGGGCCUCAGUCGGCGGUCGUCCUCCGAAGGCAAGGCCAAAGAAAGGAAAAAGGCACAAAAGAUGGCCGAAGUCUCAGUUGAGGACAAAGCAGAGUUUGAUGGACAAGACCAAAUGGACGUGUCCCACCUGGACCUGCGGGCGGGCUGCAUCAUCCGGACCAUUCCGCUCCCGGGAACGGACGGCUUGUACUUGCAGCACGUGGAUGUCGGCGAGGCUCACCCGAGAACGGUGGUCGGCGAGUGCGCGGCCGUCAACCAGUUACAGAACUGCAUGGCUGUCCUACUGUGCAACCUGAAGCCCACGCAGGUGAGAGGCGUGGCGUCCCAGGCCGUGGUCGUGUGUGUAAGGUCGCCGGGCAGCGUGGAGAUCCUCGCGCCUCCUAACGGAGCCGUCCCUGGCGAUAGAGUCGCCAUCCAUGGGUUUACAGGAGACCCAGACAAGGAGCUGGACUCUGCCAAGGUCUGCGAGCACAUUGGCUCAGACUUGCGCACAGACGGCCAGUGCGUGGCCACCUACAAGGGUGUGCCCCUGGAGGUCGUGGGCAAGGGCGUGUGUCGAGCCCCCACCUUGAGCAACUGUGUGGUCGUCCUGACCAACGGAGGAGAUUCGUGAAAGCGAGACAGACACUUAAACUGUAAACUUUGACAACAUUCCCAUCGGAAGGAGAGGGUUUUUUUUGUUGUUUUUUUUGUAUCUUCACUUUAGAAUCAUAUUGUUUUCAGCAACAAUGUGUUUGUGCGCCAUAUAUUUUCUCUUGACUUUACCGUAUUUACUUCAUUCCAGUCGUUGCUGUGCCUCAAUUAAUACGUAGCUACUUCCCCUUUGUGUUAAAAGAGACGUAAUGGUGUGCCAUUCGAUAAUAUGACAGCGAAGCAAUGAUGUCUGGCAUGCGAUACGGUUUGCAGAAUGACAUUUGUGUGGUCUGAAACACUUACUACUUAGAAAUGAGUAGUAGGUAACUAAAAACUGCAAUUACCUUGAUCCAGUCAAGAGUGUCAAGAUCCUCCCUGACC